GGUUUGGUUCGCAAAGAAGAUGUUAGUGAUGCUGAUGAUGUUAGAAUUGUUGAACUUAAUGAUGAAGAGAAACAGGUAAAACUCAAAAUUGUUUUCUCAAGUAGUUGAAUUGUUUUAUGAUAUAUUCUUUAUGAUUGUUUGUAGGCAUUGUUGGGAAGGGGGCGAAGAACAAAAGGAAGGGGAAAAUUUACCAAAUCUCCUUAUGUGCCCUACAAGGGGAAGAAAAGGAGUCAUCCCAGUGAGACGAUACUGAAGAAAUUUCAUACUUUUAUAAAAAAAGCCAAGAAUGAUGGCAGGGAUGUUCAGUGCUUCGAGGACAAGUAUUCUGAAAGUUCUGGAAUGGAAAAGAAAUUCUGGUCCAUGAUGUUGGACGUAGGUGGUUGGCUUGAGUCUCAGCACUUUGACGAGUAUCUUUCCUACCUGAGGAAACGUGUUCUUGAUGAAAGUCUCUCAGAUGUUGUUGUCACGACGGAAUUCUUUUCUUCCUUUAUUGAUACCAAUAUGGAUCCAAAGCAAGAGCUCUUUCCUGGAUUGCUGGAUGAUUUGAAUAAAAUGAUGGAGGGGACUUCGAGCACUUCUUAUAUCAAAUCUUGGACAGGCGUGAAGCGUCUCUAUUUUCCACACAACAUUGCUGAAACUCAUUGGAUGGCAGUGCGAGCAGAUUUCGAAAACAAUGAGCUUGUUGUGUUUGACUCUCUGCGAUGCUUCAGAAGUGAUGAUGAAAUAGUACGCAGUUUAGAGCCGCACAGAAAAUGGUUUGGAAAUGUUGCUUGCAUCCUUAAUGGUAUUGUCUAUGACCCAGAAAUAAUGCCUCUUUGGAAUGUAAAGCGGCCUACCGUACCCCAACAAACCACGAGUGACUGCGGUGUGUUUACAAUGAAGUUCAUAGAGUUGGACAUGGUUGGUAAAGAUUUUAAAGAACUUGAAAAUAUGACUGAAAGCCGCAUGAAGCAAGUUAGACUACUCAUGGCUUAUUCUAUAUGUAAAGAGUUUCAAGAAACAUUAAAUGUAUGAACUAUUUCACUGAUAUUAAAGGAAGCUUUAAUAUGUAUAUACAAUGUAAGUUUUUGUUUUCUUUAUAAUCAUUGUUUACCAAUUUUACAUAUAAUUUCAAGGUUGAUGAGAAGGUUCAUGAUCAGUUGGUAGGAGAGAGUGGAGAGGUAACUCGGUUUGAUGAGUACGAAAGAUCGACCUUAUGCUCGACCAAGUUUUUUGAAAUGGUUAUAGAUGUUUGUAGGUAAUGGGAAGAGCAAAAAGAAAGAAAACAAAGCCAAGGCAGUUUAAGGUAAAAGUUGACGAUGCAUCUUUGAAGCUUGAAGAACCUGAUGCGAAGGUUUUGGAGAGAUUUUCUAGCUGGAUUCAACAAGCCAUAGAAGAGGACAGGGAAGUUCAGUGUCUUUUCCAUAAAUAUAAAGAAUCAGAUGGAGUGUCAAAGAAUUUUUGGACUGUGUUGUUGCGUCCUGGUGGUUGGCUUGCGAUCGAGGUAACCAAAUGAAGUUAUUUUAUUCGCUGAAAUUACAUUUUUCACAUAUAUGUUUACUAAACCACAUUUAAAUUAUUCAGCAUCUUGAUGAGUUUCUAGUGCAUCUGAGAAAACGUCUUAUUGAGAAAGAGAUCUCCCAUGCUGUUGUACCUACAGCUUAUUUUGGUAAAAUGGCUCAGCG